AUGCUCAGCAAAAAUACCACCGCCCCAUACAAAAUUGACCAACUUCACUUAUACGGGAUCUGCUCAAUUGAGAAGCAAUUCACAAGCGGCAACCUCGCAACACCAGGCCGCUCAGAAAUUGGGAAUACCCCAGAGGACUAUUUCCAGCAGAAUGCGAGAGAUCAGGAGGCCAAAUUAGUCGCCUGGAUACUUCGUCAAGAGUCUGUGGGUUAUGCUCCGUCUCAGAGUCAGAUCCGCGCUUGCGUCACAGCUGUUUUGAAACAACAAGGUCUGGACAGUCUGGUUGUUGGAAGUUCAGACCCUAAACGGAAGGCUCAUCUCAAGGGGCCCCAGUCCCGCGGCUGGACCUCUUUUAUAGAGGCUAUCACCGCCGAUGGGCGCGCCUUGACUCCAGGCAUUAUAUUUAAGGGCAAAGAGCUUCAGAAACAGUGGUUUAAGCAAGAAUUUCGCAAGUUUGCGGACUGGCACUACAUAACUUCGCCCAACGGGUGGACGGACAACAACAUCGCUGUUGAAUGGCUUGAGGAGGUCUAUUUGCCCCAAACACGACCUUCUGACGAGUCUGAGGCUAGGCUUAUCAUUUUGGAUGGACAUGGAAGUCAUGCAACGAACAAUUGGAUGGCUACGUGCUUCUUGAACAAUAUCUAUUGUUGUUACCUUCCAUCUCACUGUUCUCAUGGCCUCCAGCCGCUAGACAACGGUGUUUUCAAUGCCAUAAAGGCAGCCUAUCGGAAGGAGCUUGACAGACUGGCUUCUUUGACGGAUUCUGCGCCAGUUGAUAAGGUCAACUUUAUACGUGCGUACGCGAGAGCCCGUGAGAUGGGAAUGACUCAGAAACAUAUUGUCUGGCUGGAGAGUGACCGGGAAUUGGCCAAUCUCACGAGUGAAGGCGCUGCGGCACCCUGA